UAUCAAUUUAUAUUGUGAUAUCAGGCAAAACGAAGUGAUAUAGAAAGAUAAGAAAAACGCAUAUGUAAAGUAUAAAUUCGUUGUAUUUUCGUAGUGCUUUUAUAAAAAAAAAAUAAGAUAGAGUAUAGAAUAUAAGUAGUAAAGUAAGGAAGAAAAUGUAAAAAAAAUUUGUAAAGGAAUACGGAUCGGUAAGAGGAUAGAAAAAAAAGACGCGGAAACGCACAUUAAAAUUUUUUUAAACAACAUAGGUAAAUCCAGACACGUGCAGCAACACGUGGGCGGUUGGAACAAAGACCCAACAAAACAGGGGUAUUUGUGUGAAAAAGAAGGAAAAACCAGUGAAGGGAUAAUAGAAAACGAGGAAAACGACCCAAAGGAUUUCCUGAAUUUUUUUGAAAUAGCACUGGAUUUCAAUAAGGCGUCAAAAAGCACAAUGGUAAAUUACCUGAGGAUCUUCAGAGCAUUAAAGAGAGAAGAAAUUUUUAACAGACUAGAAAGGAGGGGAAUACCCGAUAUGGCAUUAAGAAUUCCCAAAAGAACCACCGAGCGCUGGGGAGUGAUAAGAGACUGGGAGUUUUCGCCCAAAGAGUUAGAGGAGGCGGCGGUACUCAGACAGGGUAUCAAGUCAAUCGAAAGGAUGAAGAAAAGGGUGGGGGUGGAAGGAGGGUUCGAUUACAUCGACUCAUCGUUACUACUGAUGGAGUUACUGAUGGAGUAAAGAAGAAAUGGAAAGAUGGGAAGAUAGGGAGUGUAACAUAAAAAACUCCUUCUGGAAGAGGAGAGAAGAGGAGAAUAAAGAGAAAAUGCGAAACAUAAGAAAUAAAAACAGAUGGGAUGUUUCCGAGGAACCAGAGGGUGACCCUUAUCCCCAGGAAGCUUAUUACAGAGACCUUUCGGAAAAGAACUACAAGGGAUACAGUACAUUCUCUAAAAAAACGAAGGGGCCGUCAACCAAUGACUGGAAAAAAACGAAUACAAUCGAACAAAACAUUCAGCCACUUUUAGACUGGAUAAGGGAAUGUAAAAUAAAGGAUUUUUUAAUAGAAAAAAUUAACAGAAACAGAAGAAUCCUACACCCAAAGAGGAUAGAUAAAGAAGACAAGGACUAUUGGAGGAUUAGAAAGGAACAUAGACAGAUGAGAACUGACAAAGGUCCGGAGAACGACAGGCAGAAUCUGCCAAAAUAUUCAUCAGCUCUCACAAGAGAAAGUGAGAGAUUUAAUUUCUCAAAGCAAGAAAAAGAAAAAGAUAUGUUUAAAUACGGAAGGACCUACGACAGGACAAGAAAAGAGAACAACGAAGGGCUAAAGUACAUAAGAAGAUUCGAAGGAAGAGCAUCGACUGUAAAACAGGCAGAAGAAGAAGAAAAAGCCCAAAGAUUCCAGAUCCAAGGGGAGAUGCCGAACACAGUAUGUACAAUGCAAGAUAUACAGACGUUGGAGGAAGACUGGGAGGGUACCCAGGUCAAUGGGGCAGCAGCAACGACAGAAGCUGUAAUUAUUCUGGAAACACAAGAAGAGGUUAUUGAAGAAAAAGUGACAGGUGAUGAUAAAAUAGUACUGGAAGAAGAGCAAGGCGUGACAGAAAACGCUAGCGUAAUAAUAGUCAGUGUAGAGGAAGACUAGGAGAUGCAAACGCAGAGGGAUAUACGUGCAUGUAUCGAGGAGUCGUCUUUGGAGAGCACCCAAAAAGAGGAUGAGUACCCAGACGGAGGAACGACCUGGGAAGAAGCUGCGAACGAGUCAGGGUAAGUCGAGUUUGAUUUAUUGAGACUCAGAAAGACUAUAGAGACUAUAUAAAUAAAGAAAAAGGAAAAAAUAGUUAAAGUUACAAAGUAUAGACUGAAAGAUUAGUGAAAAUAGAAUUUAUAUUUGUGAUAUUGUUUGAUUUUGACUUUGGUGAUCAAUACUAGAUAGGAAAUAAUAAAAAAAGAAAAAAUAGUAUGGAGAAAAUCAAAAGUAGACAAUAAAAACACAGUUUUAGAUAGAAAUUCGAAUAAUAAAAAGAAAAAUAGAAAUACCAAAGGUGCAAACAUAUAAUACAAGUUACGUUUAACAAGUAUAGAGGAUGUCGAAUCAUGUCAACGUAGGUCUAUGGAACGCGCAUAGUUUAUUAAAGAAAAGCAACGAUCUUCUGAAUAUUAUAGAUGGAUGGAUAUAUAUAGAUAGAUAUAUAGACAGAUAUGGAUACAUAUACAGGGUGUCCCAAAAGUCGGGGAGGAGCCGAAAAUGGGGGGUAGCUGAGACGAUUCUGAACAACAAUUUCCUUUGCAAAAAUGUCGGAUGAGGCUUCGUUAAGGAGAUAUUAAGAGAAAACCCCGACCAAUCAGAGUGCGCGUAGACCGUUCGAGCGGCCGCGGUAGCGAAGGCUACGCGCUAG